GAAGAAGAAAACCGAAAAAAAUAAAAAAAGAAACAAGCAAACAAAAAGUUGGGGGCUUGAUUGCAACUGAAUGCCCGUAACCAAUCUCCAGUCCUCCAUGGAUUCCUUGGACUGUCUGCAAUUGGACACGUCUCAUAUUUCUGGGUCUUUGCUUCGAUUCUUCGACUAUGCUAUUGAAACUCCAUAAGAAUUAUAUCCCUUUCUCAAAUACUUUGCUUUUACCUUUGAUUUCCUAAGUUUAUAAAUUGUAUCUUUGCUUCAAAUUUACUUAAGUUCGUCUUUUAGCAAAAACCCAUCAAUUACUUUGCUCUUCCAUCAAUCUACUUCUUCAUCAACAUCUUCUUCUUUUUUCUUUUCCCCAUAGUUCUGAUCUAAUGUUUGUUUGUCCUGAAUUUCUUGAAAAAAAGAGAAAAGGAGAAGUCAGUUUUUGUAUCUGUGAAACUUUUUCCGGCUUACCAUUGAUACCCUUGCUUCGGUAAAUCAAAAUUGGGAAAAAUGGCGGCUUCAGUUAGUGGGAUUGCUGCUAUCAACAAUCUUCGGUUGAUUCACGGCUCUUCGUCAAGAGAGUAUAAUUUUCUUGCAACCCUGAAGCCUAACAAGCUCAGAGUGAAAUCUUGUGCAAGAAUUUCAGUUCCGGAGAGCCCUGGUUCUGUCAGCACAAAAAGAAACAAGCUUCGGAAUUUUAGGCUCCUGAAAUCAGUUGAAUUGGAUAUGUUUGUCACCAGUGACGGUGAGGAUGAAAUGAGUGAACGAUUUUUUGAGGCAAUUGAGGAACUGGAGCGCAUGACUCGGGAACCCUCUGAUGUGCUUGAGGAAAUGAAUGAUAAAUUGUCAGCCCGUGAGUUGCAGUUAGUCUUGGUGUAUUUUUCGCAGGAAGGGAGGGACUGUUGGUGCACGUUGGAGGUGUUUGAGUGGCUGCAAAAGGAGAAUAGGGUUGACAAGGAGACGAUGGAAUUGAUGGUGUCAAUAAUGUGUUCAUGGAUGAAGAACUUAAUUGAGAGGAAGAAUAAGGUUGGGGAUGUGGUUGAUCUUUUGGUGGACAUGGAUUGUGUUGGGUUGAAACCAAGCUUUAGUAUGAUUGAGAAGGUAAUUUCUUUCUAUUGGGAAUUGGGGGAUAAGGAAGGUGCUGUUUUGUUUGUCAAAGAGGUGCUGAGGAGGGGGAUUACAUGUUUGGAAGGUGAUAAGGAGGAGAAUAAAGAUGGUCCGGUUGGUUACCUCGCGUGGAAGAUGAUGGCGGAGGGAUGCUACAUGGAUGCAGCCAAAUUAGUGAUUCACCUUAGAGAAUGUGGUUUGGAGCCAGAGUUGUACAGCUAUUUAAUUGCAAUGACAGCUGUAGUGAAAGAGUUGAAUGAAGUAGGCAAAGCUCUACGCAAGCUAAAGGCUUUCACCAAAUCUGGUGUGAUUGCUGAACUGGAUGCGGAAAAUGUUGGGCUGAUCAACCGGUAUCAAGAAGAUGUUUUGAAUGGUGGUGUGUGCUUGUCUAAAUGGGUUAUUGAAAAGGGUGGUUCAUCAAUCCAUGGUGUGGUUCAUGAAAGACUUCUUGCUAUGUAUAUCUGUGCUGGGCAUGGAGGUGACGCUGAAAGACAGUUGUGGGAAAUGAAACUUGCUGGUAAGGAGGCUGAAGGAGAUAUCUAUGACAUUGUGUUGGCCAUAUGUGCUUCCCAGAAAGAAGUCAGUUCUAUUGCUCGGUUGCUUACCCGAACAGAGGUUACAAGUUCUUUACGGAGGAAGAGAACCCUUUCAUGGUUGUUAAGAGGUUAUAUUAAAGGUGGUCAUUUUGACAAUGCUGCAGAGACAGUAAUUAAGAUGCUGGACAUGGGUUUGUAUCCAGAAUACCUUCACAGAGCUGCUGUGCUGCAGGGAUUGAGAAGAAGAAUUCAACAACCAGGAAAUGUAGACACUUAUCUCAAUCUUUGCAAACGUCUUUCAGAUGCAAAUUUGAUUGGUCCCAGUCUUGUUUAUCUGCAUAUAAAGAAACAUAAACUUUGGGUUGUGAAAAUGCUCUGAGUAACUUGAAGAAAAGCCGAGAGAUUCCGGUAAGCUUCUAAAGGUUUGACUUCAAUCUCAGUGGACUCUGUGUAUAUUAUGUACAAUUCAUAAAGGAUAAGGCAUAUGGAAUAUGAGCGGACGGUAGUCUAAUUGUAUUAUGGUGACAUCUCUAAAUUUAUCUAGGAGAUAAUGUUUCAGUCA